CGUCUGCAGCCGGUAAUCAAUCGGGGGACUUUACGGACUUUUGUCCCGGUGAUAGCUUGACCUUCCCGGGUGCUCUCUGAGGGAGAAGAGGAGGUAGCUCAGGCCACCGAGGGAAAGGCUGUGGGAGCCGGAUCGGCUGGUCGAGUGCCGAGGGACUGAAGUGAGGUUAGAGACUUGCUUUAGAACCACAAAAAAGAAAGAGGGAGGGCCAGCUUUGCAGCCCGCAUCAUGGCGUGGCCGUGCAUCACGCGGGCCUGCUGCAUCGCCCGCUUCUGGAACCAGCUGGACAAGGCGGACAUCGCCGUGCCGCUGGUUUUCACCAAGUACUCGGAGGCCACCGAGGCCCCGAGCGCCCCGCCGCAGCCGCCGCAGCCGCCGCAGCAGGCGCAGCCGGCGCACGCGCCCCCCUCGGCGCGGGCGGUCGCCAUAGAGACGCAGCCGGCCCAGGGCGAGUUGGAUGCAGUUGCCCGGGCAACGGGGCCGGCGCCCGGGCCUAGCGGCGAUCGCGAGGCGGCGGCGCCCCCCGGCCGGAGCGCGGCCGGCCCCGGCCCCGGCCCCGGCCCGGGCUCCGGCUCCGGCUCCGGCUCCGGCUCCACCUCGAGCGCGGGCCCCGCGGACUCGGUGAUGCGUCAGGACUACCGCGCCUGGAAGGUGCAGCGGCCCGAGCCGAGCUGCCGGCCGCGCAGCGAGUACCAGCCCUCCGACGCGCCCUUCGAGCGCGAGACCCAGUACCAGAAGGACUUCCGCGCCUGGCCGCUGCCGCGCCGCGGGGACCACCCGUGGAUCCCCAAGCCCGUGCAGAUCCCCACGUCCUCCCAGGCGUCGGGGCCCAUUCUCGCGGCGUCCAAGCGCCGGCCGCAGAGCCAGGAGCGCUGGCCCGCGCAGGCCGCCGCCGAGGCCCCGGAGCAGGAGGCGACCCCUGGCGGCGCUGGGGGCCCCGCGGCGGGAAAGCCCUCGGGUGGGGACGAGCGCGACACACGCAGGAAGCCCGGGCCCGCCUGGAUGCUGCGCCGCGCCGAGGGGCAGGGGCCGGAGCCGACGCCGCUGCCGGCAGCCCAGGCCCAGGCCCAGGCCCCGGUCCAGGCCGCGGCCCCCGAGGCGGGCAAGGGGCGUGCAGCGGCGGACGCCCUCAACAGGCAAAUCCGCGAGGAGGUGGCGAGUGCGGCGGGCAGCUCCUACAGGAAUGAAUUCAGAGCAUGGACGGACAUCAAGCCUGUGAAACCGAUAAAAGCCAGGCCCCAGUACAAGCCCCCAGAUGAUAAGAUGGCUCAUGAGACCAGCUACAGUGCCCAGUUCAAAGGGGAAGCCAAUAAGCCGACACCAGCCGACAAUAAGGUCAUCGAUCGCAGAAGAAUACGCAGCCUCUACAGCGAACCUUUCAAGGAACCCCCAAAGGUGGAAAAACCUAGCGUUCAGAGUUCCAAACCAAAAAAGACCUCAGCGAGCCAUAAGCCCCCGAGGAAGGCCAAAGACAAGCAGGUGGUGUCGGGCCGGGCCUCCAAGAAAAAGAGCGCAGAGGGCCCCAGCGCCACCCAACCCGACGACAAGGAGCAAAGUAAAGAGAUGAACAAUAAACUGGCUGAGGCUAAAGAGAGCCAGGUUGAGCCCACCAGUGAAUCAAGUAAGAAUCGUGGUCCUAUAGCCACAGAGCCAGACAAGGAUCAAAGUCCCGUGGGCCCAGGGCCUCUGAAAGAUCAAGGUCCUGUGAUCCAAGAGCGUCCAAAAGAUCAAGGCCCCAUGGCUCCAGAGCCUCUGAAGGGUCAAGCUCCUGUGAUCUCGGGGCCUCCGAAGGAUCUAGGUCCCAUGGUCCCCACACCAGUUAAGGAUCAAGAUCACGGGGCCCCAGAGCCUUUAAAAAAUGAAGGUUCUGUGACCUCAGGCCCAGUAAAGGACCAAGCUUCCUUGGUCCCGGUGCCUCCAAGAAACCAAAGUCCUAUGGUUCCAGCAGCAGUUAAGGAUAAAGGUCCCAUGGUACCAGAGCCUCCAAAGGAUCAAGGUCCCAUGGUCUCAGCGCCUGUCAAGGAUCAAGGUCCCAUGGUCUCAGCGCCUGUCAAGGAUCAAGGUCCCAUGGUCUCAGCACCUGUCAAGGAUCAAGGUCCUAUGGUUUCAGAGCAUCUGAAGGAUCAAAAUGCUGCAGUCACCGCUGCUGUAAAAAAUGAAGGUCUUGUGCUCUCUGAGCCUGUAAAGAAUCAAGAUUUAGUGAUUCCGGAGCCAGUCAAGGAUCAAGGUGGAGCGGUCCCAGAGAUUCUGAAGGAUCACGAGUCGGUGGCUGUGGCGCAUGUAAAGAAUCAAGGUCCUGUGGUCCCAGUACUAGUCAAGGAUCAAGGACCUGUAGUCCCAGAGCCUCCAAAGAAUCAAGAUUCCGUGGUCCCUGAGCCUGUGAAGAAUCAAGUUCCUAUAACCCCGGUGCCUCUGAAAGAUCAAGACCUUCUGGUGUCACCACCAGCAAAAGACCAAGGUCCUGUGGUCCCUGAACCUCUGAAGACUCAAGGUCCCAAGGGCCCUCAGCUGCCCACUGUCUCGCCUCCACCCCCUGUCAUGAUCCCAACUGUCCCCCAUGCGGAAUAUAUUGAGAGUUCCCCCUGAUACUCACCCCUUGACAUGCCAAGUAAGGAGCUAGCAAGUGGCAGUGCUCCCUCCCAGGGGCGGAAAAGACACAUAUUUAAUCUGCAUGAAACAUGUACUGUAUAGUCUUGCUGGAAUCUAAUAAAACU